CCGUGGUCACGUGAUCCGACACAGAGCAGCUGUGCAGCUCAGGUCUCGAGCCGAGUCUGACAACGGGAGACGUUGCAGGCGCUGAACGCACGUAGUCGCGUACCCACGAAACGUGUAACUGUUCGGAGAACUAGUGCCCACGGGAGCGUCGUGUCCACGAAACGACAUGGGGGAUCGAGUGGCUUUAAUGCUGCUGGCCAUUGUGGCGGUGACUCUGGCUGCCGAGGUGCCCACAGAUGGCUUGACGGGACUGCUGGCUGAGCCCCAGGUGGCCAUGUUCUGCGGGAAACUCAACAUGCAUGUCAAUGUGCAGAAUGGCAAGUGGGAACCAGACCCCACAGGCACCAAGAGCUGUGUUGGUACCAAAGAGGGCAUCUUGCAGUACUGCCAGGAAGUUUAUCCAGAGCUCCAAAUUACCAAUGUGGUGGAGGCCAACCAGCCCGUCAGCAUACAAAACUGGUGCAAGAAGGGUCGCAAGCAAUGUCACAGCCACAUGCACAUCGUAGUGCCCUACCGCUGUUUGGUUGGAGAAUUUGUGAGCGAUGCCUUGCUGGUUCCUGACAAGUGUAAGUUCUUGCAUCAGGAGCGCAUGGACCAAUGUGAGAGCCACCUGCACUGGCAUACUGUGGCCAAGGAAUCCUGCACAGACCGGACCAUGAAUCUCCAUGACUAUGGAAUGCUUCUUCCGUGCGGUAUUGACCGUUUCCGAGGGGUGGAGUUUGUGUGCUGCCCAACAGAAGCUGAGCGCGAUGCUGACAGCGCCGAGCAGGAUGGCGACGACUCUGAUGUUUGGUGGGGUGGAGCAGAGACUGACUAUUCUGAUAACAGUAUGGUGCGGGAGCCAGAGCCAGCAGAGCAACAAGAGGAAACCAAGCAAUCUGUGGCGGAGGAGGAGACGGCUGAGGGAAAUGAUGAGGCAGAGGAUGCGCUGGACAAUGACCAAGAUGGAGAUGGGGAGGAGGACGAGGAGGACGAAGAGGAGGAGGAAGACAUGGCUGCCGACACGCUUGACGACGACGACGAUGACGAUGACGACGACGAGGCAGCCACCAAUGUUGCCAUGACAACAACCACCACCACCACCACCACUGAGUCAGUUGAGGAGGUCGUCAGGGAUGUGUGCUGGGCCAGUGCAGAGACUGGUCCAUGCCGGGCCAUGCUGCCCCGCUGGUACUUUGACCGCCAGGAGGGCCGCUGUGCUCAGUUUAUCUACGGCGGCUGCGGAGGCAACAGGAAUAACUUUGAGUCCGAGGAAUACUGCCUGUCUGUCUGCAGAAGUGUCAUGCCCACAGCCACACCCGGCUCUCCUGACGCUGUGGACCACUACCUGGAGACGCCUGCUGAUGAAAAUGAGCACACCCAUUUCCAGAAGGCCAAAGAGAGCUUGGAGGCUAAGCACCGUGAAAGGAUGUCCCAGGUGAUGAGAGAGUGGGAAGAGGCUGAGAGGGAAGCCAAGAAUCUUCCACGCGCAGACAAGAAGGCGGUCAUCCAGCGUUUCCAAGAGAAGGUCGAGACACUGGAGCUGGAAGCAGCCAGUGAACGGCAGCAGCUGGUGGAGACUCACAUGGCCCGGGUGGAAGCUCUUCACAACGACCGCCGGCGCCUGGCGCUGGAGAGCUACCUGACCGCCCUGCAGCAGGAUCCCCCCAGGCCUCGUCAUGUCUUCAGCCUGUUGAAGAAAUACGUGCGCGCCGAGCAAAAGGACAGACAGCACACCCUGAAACACUUUGAACACGUCCGUAUGGUGGACCCAAAGAAGGCGGCGCAAAUCAGGCCUCAGGUGCUGACCCACCUGCGUGUCAUUGAAGAGCGUAUGAACCAGUCAUUGGGACUUCUCUACAAGGUGCCUGGUGUGGCUGACGACAUCCAGGACCAAGUUGAACUUUUGCAGAGGGAACAGGCUGAGAUGGCCCAACAGCUGGCCAACCUGCAGACAGACGUGAGGGUGAGCUACGGUAACGAUGCUCUGAUGCCCGACCAGGAGCUGGGAGAUGGCCAAACCGAGCUGCUGACUCAGGAGGACACGCUCGGCUUGGGAGGAGUCGGCUUUAUCCAUCCCGAGAGCUUUAACCAGCCCAACACUGACAACCAAGUUGAACCCGUGGACUCUCGCCCCAGUCUUGAAAGAGGUGUUCCCACACGGCCAGUGACUGGGAUAAAAAUGGAGGCUAUUCCCGAACUCCGAAUGGAGAAGGGGGACAGACAGAGUACUGAAUAUGAAGUUCACCACCAGAAACUGGUCUUCUUUGCUGAGGAUGUAGGCUCCAACAAGGGUGCCAUCAUCGGGCUGAUGGUUGGCGGUGUUGUCAUAGCAACCGUGAUUGUCAUCACCUUGGUGAUGCUUCGGAAGAAGCAGUACACCUCCAUCCACCAUGGAGUCAUCGAGGUGGACGCUGCUGUUACCCCCGAGGAGCGCCACCUGUCGAAAAUGCAGCAGAAUGGCUACGAGAACCCAACCUACAAGUUCUUUGAACAGAUGCAGAACUGAGGGGGAUGUCAUAUCCACACACGCAGACAUUUCAUUCCACACCUUAAGCACCUUCCCUCCCCUACCCCUCCCCAUCCCAGAGUAGAGUGUUGUCAGCAGUGUGGCAUGAUACCAAGCAGUGACUGAGUAUAUGGAGCUUUUGUAGCCCGCGUUUCUUCCACCACUGCCUGGGCGGACAUUGUGGCCGAGCCAAUUUGCACGACGUUUGUUCACUUUAUUGGAGCGACACGCCUUUGACUUAAGAGUUUUUUUAUGUUGCUCUGUUUGGGCCUGCUGAUGUAUGUGGGUGGCCUCACCCAGUGCAAGCGAAACCCACCAUUAAUGAAAGAAACCUGUCCUUUUGAUACAGAUCCAGAGCCAUUGUGUUGUUUUUUUUCCUUGGCUUGUUGGUGUGAAAAGCCAAAUCUGGCCUCUGAUCAAGAGGGCUACGGUUACAUGGCUCCAUGGGCCUCAUGUACUCAAUUUUCAUGAGGGAAAAAAAAACCCAUCAUUUAGUUUGUAAUCAUAUACGUAUAGGAUGAAGUCAAAUCUUCAUUUUUCCAGAAAUUAGGUCUGGUCUUUUUGUUUCCCCUUUCCUGCGCCACUGCUGCACUCUACUCUCUGCACUGGAGAAUAAUUAGCGUAAUUUACACCAAUAGACCCCACCCACUACCCAGCCUCCCUCUUUCCUCUUUUAUUUGUGCAUUUUUAUGACAGCUGGGCUGUGUUAGGUGACACAAGGCUCUUAAGGCUAAAUAUCUAGAGUUGAUAAUGAACAUGUUGAUGAUGAUGCUAGUGAUUAUGUAUUCUGAAUGAGCUGUGUUUAUUUUUGGUUUCUCUAUAGGUUCGAUUUAGUUUUUAAAAAAAAAAGAAUGAAAACAGAGUAAAAAAAAGAUUUAAAAUCAUUUUUUAAACUUGUGUGUGAUGUACUGAAGUAAUGCUGAAGUUGUAGUUGUUCAUAUGUAGUGCAUGACCAUGAUGACAACAGGAUUUGGAAAGAAAAAAAAACUGCUCUCUCGAACCUCUCUCACUUAUAGAUUAUGCUAGCAAGAUUGUACAUUUCGUAUCCUCUCGUGAUCUCGUGACUUAAAACCAUGGCGAAACAUAUAUAAAUAUAAACCUCCAUCGACAGGCUCUGCUUUGAUAUCUUACCCACACUUAAAACUGAUCUGUGAUUUUUGGAAUUUUAAGUGUGGUUCUUUGUUUCGUUUUUUUGUUCAACAUUUUUCUGAAGGAGGAGGAGCUGGCUUCAUCUGUACAUUAUUUUCAUUUAAUUCAAUAUUGUAUCAUCAGAGAUCCUGAUGUUAGGGGCUUGACCCGUUUUCAAUUUUGCUUUGAAGUUCAACGCUUUGGUUGUUUUCCCUGCGAGGUAUCUUAUAUCUGGGUGAUGGUUUGCAGGAAUCUAGCAAAGGAUGGUUUAGACUUGGGUGUGUACGUUUUGUCAUUUUUAGUCUGGUGUUUUAGCUAUCUUUAAGCUGGCAUUUUAUCCCAUAGUGGUGGAGUCAUGAUAUAUAUAUAUAUAUAUAUUUUUUUUUUUUUUCCUGUCUGCUGAGAGGACAGGUGGAGCGCCGACGGGAAGGAGGGGAGUCGUGAGGGAGGUAGAAAGGAAAUGACUUGCAGUUCUGGAUGGAUAGUCAGGCUGUCAGGCAGUCUGUAUUUAUAAUGGGUUUUUACACCAUUUGCCACCCCCUCCCCCAUCCCAAUCCCCUCGCCUCUCUCCUUUGCCUUUGUUUAUCUUCAGGCAUGCUACUCACCUCUCCAUGCCACCCAUGCACAUUGGAGCUCUCUGCUGUCUGCGUCAUGAUCAUUGUGCCGGAGCUGGGAGAGAAAUUAGGAAGGCAUACCUCCAAACAUUCAUUGGAUUCUAAUGAUAAGAAACAGUCACGAAAGCAGACAGCUCUUUUUCACAGGCUUCCUCGCAUCCCAUUAUCACAUUGAAAGUAAAGUGUGACCUCUCGCUCUGUGAAACAUUUUAAAUACUUUCGAAUGGCCAAUUAUCUUUGGCAACAUUUGUUGGCAUGCUUACAUGCAAGUGCUCACAAGAAGCACGACAGAUGGUGGGGGAGAAGUGGAAGAGGGAUUUCGUUCUGUUGAUUGCAUUGCUUUUUGUUCGCCGUGUAAUAUUCUGCAGGCCAUUUGCAUUGACUGGGGAAACGCUUUCUACACUGUAUUCCAUAAUAAAGUUUUGAAUGUACCGACA